AAGAAAGAAGAAGAAACAAAACUUCCACGAACUUAUUCGUCGUGGUGUGUAUGUGUGUGUGCGGAUAGUGGUAGAGCGCACAGUUGCAGUUGGUAUUUUAAGUCGACUGCUUGUAUUGUUUUUGAAGAAACUUCUUCCAUCUUUUAUCUGAAAUUCUGCUGGUGGAACAUUGACUGAAUAUGGGGAAAGCAAUCGAAGAUGGAGCUGUUGAGGUGUUGGAGGAGAAUGAAGGAGAUGAGAAUGUUGAGAGGGGUAACUGGGGUAGCAAGUUGGACUUCAUCCUCUCCUGCGUGGGGUACGCUGUAGGUCUCGGGAAUGUCUGGAGGUUCCCCUACCUGGCCUACGAGAACGGAGGAGGUGCUUUCCUGGUCCCGUACAUCGUGAUGUUGGUGUUUGCUGGAUUACCCCUCUUCUUCAUGGAGGUGUCGUUCGGACAGUACUGCAGUCAGGGACCCAUCACGUGCUGGAGGGCCAUCCCCAUGUUCAGAGGUGUUGGAUAUGGCAUGGUGAUCGCCUCCGCCUACGUGGGUAUCUACUACAAUGUUAUCAUCAUGUACACUAUCUACUACUUGUUCGCCUCCUUCACGAGCGAUCUCCCUUGGACCCACUGUGACAGGUCGUGGAAUACGAUCUACUGUAGUAGCCUUUACGAGGCCUGUGUCGGAGAAAAUACUACAUUAUCUGACAUGAUCAUCAUCAGCAACGGCUCAUGCGCCAAUAUCAGCGAUCUGUCUUCUAGUGAGAAAACGGAUUACGGUAUCUCAGGAUCUGGUCCCAUGUAUGAUAUCUCUGGAUACACCGAUCCUCUCUUGGCAGAUCGAACCCGACCCAGUGAAGAGUAUUGGGAGGAGAAUGUGCUUCGUCAAUCUCAGUCCAUGAAUGACACUGGAACAGUGAGCUGGCAGCUUGCUCUCUGUCUCCUCCUCGCCUGGAUCAUCGUCUAUUUCUGCCUCGUCAAGGGAAUUAAGUCAUCUGGAAAGGUGGUGUACUUCACAGCUACCUUCCCUUACGUUGUCCUGGUCAUCCUGUUGGUUCGUGGAGUUACUUUACCGGGGUCCUAUGAUGGUAUUUUGUUCUUCAUCGUUCCUGACUUUACUACACUCAGCAACCCUCAGGUAUGGCUUGAUGCCGCUGUGCAGAUCUUCUUCUCCCUCAGUGCCGCCUGGGGAGGUCUCAUCACCCUCUCAUCCUACAACAAGUUCCACAACAACUGCUACUUUGAUGCUGUGCUUGUAGCAACCCUGAACUGCUUGACUAGUGUCUUCGCUGGUUUUGUGAUCUUCUCUAUCGUGGGUUUUAUGGCCCAAGCUCAGGGCAAAGAAGUCGCUGACGUCAUCGACUCAGGAUUUGGUCUUGCUUUCAUCGCUUACCCCGAGGCCGUCUCCCUCAUGCCCGUAUCACCGCUCUGGGCCAUCCUCUUCUUCUUCAUGUUGCUCACCCUCGGUCUCGACUCCCAGUUCACCAUCAUGGAGACGGUGGUCACAGCCCUCGUCGACGAGUUCCCCGACACCCUCCGCAAGAAGAAGACCUUCGUCAUGUUGGUCGGCUGCUGCAUCAUGUACCUUCUCGGUAUCACGUGCAUCACAGAGGCUGGACCAUACUGGGUCAGUUUGAUGGACUCUUAUGGAGCUGGUUUCUCCCUCAUUAUGUUCGGCCUUUGCGAGACCAUUGGCCUCUCCUGGUUCUAUGGAACCAGGCGUUUCACCAAUGACAUCCGUACUAUGAUCGGCAACGGCACCGUCGACUUUUUCAUGUUCUACUGGUGGCCUCUUAUGUGGAGCGCUGUUACCCCUGGACUGUUGCUGUUUGUGUUGAUCUUCAACUGGAUGAACUGGUCUGAGCCUGAGUACAAUGGUCCUUACCCAACCUGGGGUCGUAUCAUCGGAUGGUUAAUGAUCACAUCCUCCAUCAUCUGGAUCCCCUUCGUUAUGAUCUUUGAGUUCCUCCGUGCUGAAGGAAACCUUGCUGACCGUUGGAGGGCCAUGUCUAACCCACGUGAGACCUGGGGACCCGCUCUCAAGAAACACCGAAUCGAGGCCGCUGCAGCCCAUCAGAGUCACGGAACCAGUUUCGGAGGAAUUCUCAAUUUUGGCACGGGACCCGAACCCUCCGUGGCCUACACAGCUCCCGAUAACAACGGCUACGACCACCCUUUGUAAGGUCCCAAAGCAACGUUACCUCGGCUGUUUAGGAGUACCCUCACAUACAAUAAUAUAAAUCUUUGCCCUACCGUAGUUUCGCAUUUUGUGGCUUAGAAGUUGAUUUCAUCAGUAAAGAGUUGUAUCUGUGUUUACAAUUAAUUCAAUGCCUCUAAUGUCAAACAAGCGUACUUAUUGCUGAAAUGUAUUAGUCUUUAUUGAGGGCUGUAUCCGAGGAUGCUUGUGUGAUAUCAUGGGGUUUAAUACCACAUUAUGAAGUGUAAAGCAAUAGGAUCUUUGCUUUGAAUAUAUAUAUAUAUAUUUGAGGUAAUUUCAAAACUUGGGUCUCUUUGCACAGUCCAAGCCCGAUUAAAAAAUGUAUUCUAUAAUACACUAACACAUAUCCGAUGCUUUCCUUUAUCAUGAAAUCAUUUUUUAAAGCAUAAUUUAUGCGAUGCAUUUUUAAUGAACUUUUUUAAUUGUUGUACAUUUAAUUACAUUUUGAUCGUAGAAUUAAGAUGGCAAUGUAUAUAAGCACAUUUGCAUACAAGAUUCGAUAAAACAUAAGAGGAUCGCUAUUUUAGCACCAAUUAAUGUUUCUUAAGACUGACACUUUUAUAUACAUUAUUACCCUCUUUCCCUUCAACUCUUUCCAAUAAUUCUCUUGUCAGAGACUGCGUAUUCUUUAUCCUUAAAUAUAAACCAUUUUCAACUCUGUUAUCUGUAAUGUAGUGACAGUGCCAAUAAAGUGUGUAUGAAUUUAUAGAAGUUGUAGAAGUUACUUAUGUUUAUUUUUUUUAUUUUGUCCCAACAAAGUUUUUAAUCCUUUUUUAGCAAGUAAGAUUGAAGUAGGUACAGACAGCAUGCUAAGUGCCAAGUCACCAAGAUAUUCUCACAUCACUUAUUCUUAAUUUUGUGGGACGAGUAGUGGAAUCUGUCAAAUUUCAAAUGUUUCUUCGAUUUCUCGUAAGGGGAGGAUUACUGCGUGCAGUACAUCGUAACUGCUUACAAGAUAGUAAGACUAAUUAAGAGUAGGUCCUGUAGAGGCUGUCAACUUAUUUUAUCAAAAUAUCGGAGCUCACUUUGUCGAGAUUUGCUACUUUACUUUUGUUUCUGUAUAUAUUAUAAAUAUCAUAGACAUGCUUUAUCACAUGUUCACGUUUGUCAGAUGACUCUAAAGGUGUUUAUUUGAGUUCUAUAUAAGUAAUUUUCACUACAUUCAAGACAUUUUGAUUUUAAAAUACCUUUAAGCUGUCUCAUUGUUUAUUUUUGCUCAUCUUGUUGAUCUUGCAACCGCAGAUGUUUUGUGGCAUUGUCUUUUAGAUAGCAAGUGAAAACCUAUUAACAUACACUGUACCCCUGAAAAUGAAUGAUCUUGUAUAUUUUGAUGUUUUGCAGUAAUUAGUGAUGUCUUCCAGGUGAUGUAUUCCAUCGAUUUAUCUGUUUUUGUUCUUCUGCUAAUGAUUCCUGCAAUUCACUGGAUGGUUUAUUGUAUGUUAUGAUAAGCACAAUGAAUGAAGCGAGAAAAGACCAACAAUUAACUGAUCUUAUAUAUUCAUGUUUGCAAGAGUUCUUAAAAGAUGCAAUUAAAACAAUAUAUAUAUAUAUUUUCAAAAUUUGUCUUUCAAACAAAAUGUAUGCAGAGAAUUAUCAGAUUUUUUAAAAACCAAAUUAUAUGAACCGAAAGAAUCAAACUAUCUUUUAUAAAUGAAUCUAAAAGAAUAAAAUAAGAGCAAAAUUGUUAAGGUAUGCAGGAAUUGUAUUGUGUAUAUAUAGCUAUGUGAAUUUUAUCUUUUUUACCGAUUUGUUUACACUGUAUAAAAAUCUAUUGCAAUUUCUACUUACAAAAACAUAAGCCUAAUCCCCCAAACAAAAAAUAUACAGUCCUUUGAAAAAAUCUCACUUAUAAAUCGCUUUAUGUAAUUUCACCAAAAAAACAUACAAAUCGGCAAUUUCUUACUGUAACAAUAGAUGCAAGAUUGUCAUGUCAAAGAUCAGUACUCGGGAUGUUGUGUGUGUGAAUAUUUUGUGAGAAAAGCAAACAAAUGUUUGGAUGGGUCACUCGAAAAUUUCAAAACUAUUGUACGUUUUCACAGUAAAUCUUCAAAAUCUAUCUAUAUAUACCUAAUUCUCACUAAGCAAGAAACAAUGUCAUCUAGAAUAAGUUUAGUUAAAUGUUUAAGUGUUGUAUUUUUUUUAUGAUUGAAGGUGUGUAGAAGUGAUUUUUAAAUCUUAAUGUAAUGUCAAUUUUUUUGUUUUUACUAUUUUACAAUAAAUGAGGUUGAUUGGGUA